CCACCGAGCUCGCCUCCCCCGUCCCGGAGCCCGCUCGCUCAAGAACAAAGAAGAGAACCAGGGGGAGGAAUCCCCAAAUCCCGAACCCCCAUGGAGAGCAACGGCGAGCCCCCCAGCAAGGCCGCCGCGCUCGCCCCCGCGGUCGUCACCAGCGCCGCCGCUGCGGUCCCUGGAGGCGACAUGGAUUUCUUUAGCCGCCUUCCCGACCACCUCCUCGUCGACAUCCUCCUCCGCCUCGGCACCAAGGAAGCCGUCGCGACGACCGUCCUCUCCCGGAGAUGGCGCGGCGUAUGGGCCCAGCUUCCCCACCUCUUCUUCGACGGCGUACACCCCUCCGUGCCCGCCCGUGCCCUCGCGGCCUACGAGGCCCUCGCCGCCUCGGAGGCGCACGCGGCCGCCGACAUCCAGAGCCUCGCCGUCUCGCCCAACCAGAUGGACGCGCGGGAGACCUUCGCCUGGCUCUCCCUCGCCGCGCCCCUCCUCUGCGGCCGGCUCCACCUCGACGACAGCCGCGCUGUGCCGGACGAAAUGGUAGAGCUCUUUCAGGAACGACGACGACGGCACGACGGCGAGGCGUCCGAGAUGCCCUGCUUCAGGAGAGCCACAGAGAUUCGACUUCGCCUCGGGUUUCUUACCCUGGAGCUGCCACGGGUUGGCGUGUAA